AGGAAACGAGCUCGUCUUUUCGGGUGAGCUUGCUCGAUUGAACCAUGGGAUUGAACCCAAAUCCUAAUCAGUUUGAAGGUAAUACAAUGGUUGUAGUGGAACCCCACAACCUUGUGUCUCCAGAAACUGAGAAAGUUGGAUAUGGAAAUAACAAAAAAGAUGCAUGCCAACCAGCUCUGACUCGUCAGUCCACAACGGACAACGACGAGAUUUCACAGCCCAAUAAACUAAAUGGCUCUGUUGCAGAUUUCCAAAAUUUGCACCGAGAACUUCUCCUUGGCCAUAAACGCGGGCUUCUAUUUGGAGUGAAGCCGGAGCUGAAGAGGGUCUUGGAACAGAGAAGGGGGAGGAUCCACAAAGAAGAGGAGCAGGCUCGACUGGGACCCUCAGAUCUGGAGACAGAGCUCCGCAAAAGGCAGCAAAAACUUAAGGAGUAUGAACUUGAGGAGCUGAAACAGCGAGAAAACCUGGAGAAGAUCCCAGAAUUUGUCCGAGUGAAAGACAAUCUGAGGCGGACCCAGAUGUUGGACCAGUGAGGCAUUGAGGCACCUUCACCACAGUGGCCCUACUGUUAUAGCACCAGUGCUGCAGGACUACUGCUUUCUGCAGAUGUAGAGCUCAGUAUUUUUAUUAAACCAUUUUUACUUUCUUAGCCCUGAGCACGCCUCAAUAAAGACUUUCAAUAUAAA